GUACUUUCGGCUGGCUGUCCGCAGGAAAACACAAAACCCGCGGAACUGUUCAAUGGGGCGAUACAGCUCAAUGUUCCGUGAAGACACCCCACUUAUCUGACUGGAUGCUUUUGAAUGAAACGUCGAAGCUGUAAGUACAUCAUGUCGAAAUCUGGUACAGCAUCACAUAAACCAGCCAAGAGCAAGAACACACCACCCUGUGGUUCAAUCUCCAGCAUCCUUAAAGGAACUCACAUCGAUGAAGAAGUCAAGAUAGCAGUGAACCUCUGUCUGGAGAAGUUUCGCUACAGUGACGAAAAUGAGAUGGAAUUUCCCUCCUCCUUUACCAGUACUGAGAGGGCUUUUGUUCAUCGACUGGCACAGUCCCUGGGUUACAUUUCUAAGAGCAAAGGAAAAGAACCACAUCGUUUCCUCACCAUCAGGAAGAAGAAUGGUUUAGAGAAACCUCGGCCAACCAUGCUUCUCACGGUCUCCCACAAUUCCUUAUAUUUCAUUCGCAGCUUACUUCAGAGGUUUCCCACCAAUAAGGAACGUAUAGACAUGCAGCCCUACAUCAGAAGUGGUAUGUCUGUGGCUGCUGAACCUGAUAAUAGUUAUGACAAGAACAAGGCAAGUGGGCGCUUAAACAAUGGCAUACCCAUGGUGCCUCGGAGGAGGAAUCCGUCAGAACUGGACAGUUUUCGAUGCUCUCUGCCUGUGCAUGAACGCCAGGAGGAGAUCAUCCAGCUCAUCAGAGAAAACAGGGUGGUGCUGGUAGAGGGAGAGACCGGUUCUGGAAAAACUACACAGAUCCCACAGUUCCUGCUAGAUGAGUGCAGCAGGACUGGAGAACCCUGCAGGAUCUUCUGCACUCAGCCCAGACGCCUGGCUGCCAUUGCUGUGGCUGAGAGAGUGGCAGCUGAGAGAGGAGAGAGCGUGGGCCAGACUGUCGGUUAUCACAUCAGACUAGAGAGCAGGGUCUCCCCCAAGACACUGCUGACCUUUUGCACCAGUGGAGUGUUCCUCAGAACAUUGAUGGCUGGAGAUAGCAGCCUGACAACUGUCACACAUGUAAUAGUGGAUGAGGUGCAUGAGCGUGAUGGGCUGACUGACUUCCUGCUCACUAAGAUGCGGGAUGUGCUUCAGAAGAUCCCCACACUGAAACUGAUCCUCUCCAGUGCGGCUCUGGAUACAGACCUGUUCCUUCAAUACUUUGGCUCCUGCCCUGUCAUCCACCUCAAAGGAAGGCAGUUUGAAGUGAAGGAAGUCUUUCUGGAGGACAUUCUGAGGCUGACUGGCUUUAAUAAGGACAUGAGAAAAUUCAAGGAAGAGACACAGAGAAAGGAGAAGAAGCAGAAAUGUUUGAUGGAGUGGUGUAUGGCAGUAGAGCACAGUUCUGUUGAGGAGAAACCGAGGACUCCUGUGUCUGCCCCAGGCGUCCUCCAGGACAGCAGCUCCUUGGACAGAGGGGACAGCACUUUCAACAAGCUGAAUGAGAAUGAUACAGAACAUCUGGAGCCAUGGCUGCGGAAGGAGAUGGACUCAAGCAUUUCCAGUGUUUUCCUCAGUGAAGACCAGGUUGCUUUCAUUCAGCUCUUCAACCUCAUCCUCUAUGAAGGUGUUAACGUGGACUACAGGCACAGUGAGACAGGGGCCACGCCUCUGAUGGUGGCAGCAGGUCGAGGGUUCCUCACUCAGAUGGAGCAGCUGCUCAACAUGGGGGCAGACAUCAACAUGAAGGCCUCCAAUGGGUGGACAGCCUUAGACUUUGCCAAACACUUCCAGCAGACAGAAGCUAUGGAUCUACUCCAGUCAUCAAUUCCCCUGGGAGAGGUGAGCAGCCUGGAAGAGUCCACUCUGGUGCAAUGUGGCAGUGCAGAGCUGAGCACUGAGGAACAGGAGCUGCUCAAACUGUACCACCACAGCUUUGAUGAUGACCGUGUGGACCUGGACCUCAUCAUGGAUGUGCUGCACAACAUCUGCUCCACCACCACUGAUGGUGCUGUCCUGAUUUUCCUUCCUGGAUACGACGAGAUAGUGGCACUCAGGGACCGCAUCCUGUAUGACGAUAAGAGAUUCUCCACCCUCUCUGAGAGAUACCAGGUGUUCACUCUACAUUCAGACAUGCAGACUCUGGAUCAGAAGAAAGCCAUGAAGCCCUCUCCACCUGGUGUCCGGAAGAUAAUUCUUUCAACCAACAUUGCUGAGACAAGCAUCACCAUCAACGAUGUGGUCUUUGUCAUUGAUUCAGGAAAGGUCAAAGAGAAGUCCUUUGAUACCCUCAGUCGUGUAUCCAUGUUAAAGAGAGUUUGGAUCUCGAAAGCCAGUGCUCUGCAAAGGAAGGGAAGAGCUGGGCGAUGCCAAUCAGGGAUAUGCUUUCACCUCUUCAGUCGACUCAGGUUCAACAAUAUGCAGGAAUUUCAGGUUCCACAGCUGCUGCGGAUGCCUCUGCAGGAACUGUGUCUGCAAACCAAACUGCUGGCCCCCUCGUCCUGUCCAGUAGCUGAGUUCCUGUCCAAAGCUCCACAACCUCCUGCUGGACAUGCCAUCAGGAGUGCUGUGCAGAUGCUAAAGACAAUAGAUGCUAUGGACCAGUAUGAAGACCUGACAGAUCUGGGCUAUCACCUGGCCGACCUGCCUGUGGAGCCCCACCUGGGCAAGAUGGUGCUGUGUGCUGUGGUGCUCAAGUGUUUGGACCCCAUUCUAACCAUUGCCUGUACACUGGCCUAUCGCGACCCCUUUGUCCUUCCUGCCCAGGGCUCUCAGAAAAAAGCUGCUCUACUCUGCCGCAAAUGGUUUACCUCUAACACCCUCAGUGACCACAUGGCCCUGCUGAGAGCCUUCCAGGCAUGGCAGAAGGCCCGCAGUGACGGCUGGGAGAGAACCUUCUGUGAGAAGAACUUCCUGUCCCAGGCCACCAUGGACAUGAUACUUGGCAUGCGGACACAACUGCUGGGACAGCUCCGUGCCAUUGGUUUUGUGCGAGCCCGUGGGGGCAGUGACAUCCGCGACGUGAAUCUGAACUCUGAAAACUGGGCUGUGGUGAAAGCAGCCCUGGUGGCUGGCAUGUAUCCAAACCUGGUCCAUGUCAACCAGGAGUCCUCCUUGCUCUCUAGUAACAGGGAGAAGAAGGUCCACUUUCAUCCCACAUCAAUCCUGACCCAUUUCAAGGAGAACAGCCCAGCCCAGGCCCUUCCCACAGACUGGUUGAUCUACGAUGAGAUGAGCCGAGGUCACAGGAUGGCCACUGUCCGCUGUUGCUCCGUGGUGACUCCCAUCACUGUGGCCAUAUUUACAGGCGGUGCAAUACAACCCAGCUCUGCCCUGCAGGAACCUGCUGUACAGAAAGCUAAAGACAGUCUGCUUGUUGACACCAGUGACAGUGAGACAGAGGACCUAGCUGAAAUGAGAGUUGAUGAUUGGCUCAUCUUCCAGUUGGACAGAGAGGCUGCAGGACUGGUGUAUGAAUUGAGGCAGAAGUGGCAGAGUUUGUUCAUCAAGAGGAUCCGUUGUCCUUCAAAACCCUGUUCUCAACAAGACGAGGCCAUCCUGCGGACCCUGGUUUCUGUUCUUACAGCAGAGGAGCAGGAAGCAGGCCUGCAGCAGCCCACAGGCAUUGGCCAGCGGCCUCGGCCCAUGUCAUCAGAGGAUGGCUCCCAGGCUUCUGUUAAGAACUCCAAGCACAGCACCCAACUACACACCAACACCACCAGUGACAGAGACUGGACGACAAGAGCGUUCCCUGCCGUGCAUCGUCUGGCAGCCAGGCCUUGUAGGAUGCCAGCAACCCCAAAUCUGCAACAGAAGAAAACCAGCAGUAGAGAUGAAACCUCACUGCCCAUAAAUCAGCUCUCGGAUGACCCUCACUCCUCCAGCUCUGUGACCUUGGACAAUCCCUCUGACAGCCCCUGUCUGUCCUCCUCAGGAAAGAUCCUAAAGUCACUGUUCCCUCAGUGGGCUGUUUUAUCAGUGCGGUACUUCAUCAUGAAGAGCAGCAAUGUCAGGAACAUAGACAUUUCUCAGCAGAAAGGGAUCUGGUCCACCACACCAAGCAAUGAGAACAAACUUACCAAAGCCUUCAUGGAGAAUAACCUCAUCAUCCUCAUCUUCUCUGUUCAGGGCUCUGGACACUUCCAGGGCGUGGCCACCUUGCCUGACUGGCUGUCUGCUAGGCCUCACAUCGGUCCAUUCAACUUAACCUCCUUGCCAUGUUUUGAGGUGCUGGAGCUGGCUGGCCAGAGGGGAGAUUUUUUUUUUGCAAAUACUGGACGAAUAAUAUGGCUUACUGUGCAGAUAAUUGUACCAACUGACCGCCGAAGACACCAGUGCUCCAGUUAUUCUGGCUAUGCUCGCAUGACAUCAGCUGUCAGUCAGGAGAGCUGCCAGGACUGGGGCUUCAUGGGACUAGGAGGGGUUUUCAGUGUAGAGUGGAUCCACAAGGAAAGUCUUCCCUUCCACUGCACCCAACAAAUCCUCAACCCAUGGAACGACAACAAGAAGGUCCAGAUCAGCAGAGAUGGACAGGAGUUAGAGCCCCAGGCAGGCAGCCAACUUUUGUCACUAUGGGAGAGAAACCCAAGGAACCAAGUGAAGUAAGAAAAGGCAGCAGAACACCUCUCUGCACUUUUGUUUUCUAGGACGGCUGACAUGUCAUACUUCUACUGACUGCACUACCGGUUCAAGAGAGAUGACAGGACAGUGGAAGAAGGACCCAUUCAUUCAAGUUCAGCUCUUGGCUUCUUCUGUUUCUGUGUUUUGUGUAUUGAAUAAGUUCUCGUUCAGGUUUCAUUCCUGUUAUUCAGAAUGGUACUCAUGUUCAAAUCAAACACUAUGUUCACAGUAAAAUGUAUGUGGCUCUGUGGAUGUUAUAAAAUGAUUGUUUUUUUUGUUUUUUUUAAAUCUUACAAUAAUUAGAAUGAAUGAAAUGUGUGUAUCACUAUUUUUGAUUUGAUAAAUGCAGAAGCCAUGACAGUUCAGUCAGAUUGUUGUAAUGAUAUCCAGUUAGUUUUAUGGUAAUGUUUAAAGAGACUGACAAAUGUAUACUAUUUACUGCAUAUAAACAAGGCUUCUCUUCACACCCAGUAGGAACUUUGGAGAUUGUGUCUCUUAGAAUGGUUUAAAAUGUUGUGAUGACGUUAAAGUGCCUCAGGCUCCAUCAUCAGGGACUCCUUUUGGGACUCAUUUGAACCUGUUUGUCAAUGUUUUGCUUCCUGGAUAAAGACAGAAAUUAGUUAAUAUAUAUUGUUUGCAUUUGAAUCUCAAACUUCAAGCAGUUUCAUUUUCUGGAUGAGGAGACUGUUGAGUCCAGGUUACCUUAUGACUGUGUUAACGAGUUGACAAAAAUAAAUAGUGAUUUCCACUUAACACUGUCAAAGUGUGAUUUCCUCUGACUGUCCAGGUGCCAGA